AUAAUUUAAUUCUGUAACCUGCGCUGCUUUGUUGCUUAGACAGAGUUGAUUCAGUUCUCGCUACAUUCUGUCAUGGACACGUGAUGUGGGCGGGGCUGGAAGUCCAUCGCAGGUUGCAGCGAAAAAUUCAGCGAAUCAGAAUGUUGAGGAAGCGCGUGCGUCAGAUGUUGAAGGGUAAAACUACAAUCUGAUGUUCUAGUCUUGCAAUAUUGUGGUUAUUAUUGUUAGCCACACCCACAUACAGCCAUGGGAAGUUCAGUUUCUCUAUGUUUGUUUAAAAUCCCGGAAGGUACUUUCGGUUUUGUCAAGGUUCUGCUGUAGAUGAUGUAUUUGUGCCUCAGUGGUUCGAGCAUUGCAACAGUUAACUAAGAAGUUGUGGCUUUAAAUGCCAGUGAAUGCACCAACCGAUAAGAUCUAUAGCUUGAAUGUAAUGUAAGUCGCUUUGGAUAUAUGCAUCUGUUACAUGCAUAAAUGUAGAUCACAGGUCAUAAUCUACAGCACAUCCGUAAAUGAAACGGAACCAUUUUUUUUUACUUUUUAUGUUAUUUUUUCACGACCGUGGAUUCGUGCAUAUUUUUCCUCUUUCAUCUGCUGUACUUCGUUGUGAACGUUUUACAGUAUAAUUAGAAAAGUACCCAAGGAUCCCAAGAAAAGUUCUGCCUUGCGUCUUUUUGGACUACUUCACACUGUUAGCUAGCUGUCAAGCUUUGAAGAAGCAACUCAUUGCAAGGACAGUAUAACUGGUAUGCUCAUGUUGUGGUUUGGCACAUGUCAGCAAGUAAAGUACUUAAAUGCAUAAAAAUACUGCUGACAUUUGUUAAUAAGUAACCAGACAUUCAGUUCAGCUUGCAAGUGAUGACAACAUUCAGCCAACGUGGGCAAUAACGGUUGUUGGAGAAAGGUAGAAAUCAGAACUGCUGGAGGAUGGCGAAGUGCAACACCAACUGUAUUGAGAGGCCUAUAUCUGUGGGCUUCGGACACUUUGGUCGUGUUGUUGCUAGAUAUCCAUCAGUGUUUUUGAUAUUACCAUUACUUGUAGCUGCAGCUCUUGGAUCUGGUUUUAUGUAUCUCAAAGAGAUGAAAGCAAAUGACAUCGAAGACCAGUUCACACCUGUAAACGGACCAGCGAAGCAGGAGAGGAUGACUGUAGAUGAAUAUUUUUCACCAUCUGAAGAAUUUUCUCGUCUGCGGCUUUCAUCUGAAGGAACUUACGCCUCUUUGAUCAUCACAGUUUUGGAAGGAGAAAAUAUAUUGACCGAGGCUGCUUUAACCGACAUUAUUGAGAUGGAUAGACAAGUAAAAAAUAUAUCAACAGGAAACACUUAUGAAAACCUUUGUGCCAAAACUAAUGGAAAAUGCAUGUCAAAUUUCGUCUUGGACAUAUUAAAUGAACUUAACUUGAACUCAACUGCUAGGUAUCCUCUGCAUAAUAGAACAUUUUUAGGAACAAGUGUCGGUGGUGUAGAGCUUAAAUCAGAAGGCUCAGAGAUACGCAGCGCUAAAGCAGUCAGGCUUUUUUAUUUUUUAAACGAGGAAAACACAGCACUAAACACUCAGUGGCUUAAUGGCUUUCUGGAAUUCUUCUCAAACUAUCCAGAGUUGAAAACAGUUCGUGUGUCAUACUUCACUUCACUAUCAAGACAGAAGGAGAUCGAGGCCAGUUCGGAUUCUAUCAUUCCCUUCUUCUCUAUUACAUAUGCUCUGGCUAUUAACGUUUCAAUUUUCUCUUGUCUGAGAUUAGAUUGUGUUAGAACCAAGGUGUGGGUUGCUGUGGCUGGUGUCCUCUCUACUGGUCUGGCUGUUCUUGCCAGUUUUGGUUUAUUGCUCUUCUGUGGAAUGCCUUUCGCUAUGACAGUCGCCUCAUCUCCCUUUCUGAUUCUUGGUAUUGGAGUUGAUGACAUGUUCAUCAUGAUCGCCUGCUGGCAGAAGACUAAAGUUAAAGAAGAAGUUGAAGAUCGUUUAGCAGAAACAUAUAAAGAAGCCGCUGUGUCCAUCACUAUCACCACACUGACAGAUGUGAUGUCUUUCUAUAUCGGUCUGUUCACUCCAUUCCGCUCCGUUCAAUCUUUCUGCAUGUACACCAGCACAGCAAUUCUCUUCUGUUACAUCUUCAACCUUACUUUCUUUGGUGCUUGUCUUGCACUGAAUGGAAGAAGAGAGAAGGGAAAUAAACAUUGGUUGACCUGCAUGAAAGUCCCAGAAGUCGAUAGUGUUGAUGCUACUGGUAAUGUGUGUUGUGUUGGUGGUGCUUAUGAUAAAGAAACUGGCACUGAUGAGGCAAUGUCAAUGGAUUUAUUCUUUAAAAAUCACUACAGCCCUUUUCUGACAAAGACCUGGGUAAAGAUCUCUGUGUGUUUGAUUUAUUCUGCCUAUCUGGCAGUUAGCAUCUAUGGAUGUCUUCAACUACAGGAAGGUCUUGAUCUGAAACAUUUAGCACCAGACGGCUCAUAUGUUGGUAGUUACUAUGAUGAUGAAGAUCAAUUCUUUUCUUCUUACGGUCCCAAUGUCAUGUUAGUCGUAACGGAUGAACACUUUGAGUAUUGGAAUUCAGAUGCACGUCAAAACCUUGACUUGUGCCUCGAAAAUUUUCAAAAUCUGUCAAUGGCAUCUAAAGAUUCCGAAAUUUCACCCAUUUCAUGGCUUACUGCGUAUAUUAAGUUUGGACAGAGUUCUGGUAUAAAUGUAGAUAAUGAAACACAAUUCAAACAAAGUUUACCUACAUUUCUUAGGUUAUCUGGAUUUAGUGAAGAUGUAAACAUCACUAACAAUAAGAUUUUGGCAUCGCGUAUGUUCAUUCAGUCUGUGAACAUCAGGACAGCAGUCGAUGAGAAGAACAUGCUGAAUGCAUUCAGAGAAACAGCAGAAAGAUGUGGAAAGUUAGAGACGGCUGUUAAUGUAAUGGUGUAUCACCCUGCGUUUAUCUAUUACGAUCAAUACGCUGUUAUAGUCGGUAAUACAAUUCAGAAUAUAGUUGUAGCUACAUGUGUAAUGUUAGUUAUUUCACUCUUUUUAAUCCCAAAUCCUCUCUGUUCUCUCUGGGUGACAUUUGCCAUCGCAUCCAUCAUUGUGGGUGUGACUGGUUUCAUGGCAUUAUGGGAUGUUAGUUUAGACUCAGUGUCUAUGAUUAAUCUGGUGAUCUGUAUUGGAUUUUCUGUGGAUUUCUCUGCUCACAUAUCUUAUGCUUUCGUGACCAGUGAGAAAUUGUCGGUUAAUGAAAAAGCCAAAGAUGCCCUCUAUAAACUGGGGUAUCCAAUAAUACAAGGUGCAGCUUCCACUAUUGCAGGUGUUGUGGUGCUCGCUGCUGCAAAAAGCUACAUCUUCAGGACCUUCUUUAAAAUCAUGUUAUUAGUCAUUCUGUUUGGAGCCGUCCAUGGCAUUGUGUUCAUACCUGUGUUCUUCACCUUCUUAGGCACUUGUAAAAAGAUGUUUUGUGCUACAAAGAAAACAUAUAAUCAGCCCAUAUACCAAUACUGACCUGAGAACAAAAUUAACAUAGCAACAGAAAUGAUUCAAACACUGUAUUUAUUCAUCCUGACUGUUACUGAGUAGCUAUACUGUAUUUCUGAAUGAUAUCAGCCAGUGUCUUGAGUCUGUACAAAACAGAAACACUUAUGUGAUCUAUUGUUUGACCUGCUGAAACUGUAAAGCAGUUUAAUUGAAUGAUCAUGGUAUACUUGACAAAGGCUAUAAGUCUAAAAAGCAACAUUUUAUUUGUUUAAUUAACAUUUAACUUCAAAAAUUCCCUGUGUGUAAACUUGGCUGGUCAUAUGUUAAUAAUUUGUUAACAUAUUGUAAUUCAAUUUUUGUUUGUGCAAUAUUAUCAUACGUUUUUUUAAAUGUUGUUAUUUAUUCAUUUUUAUCUUUGUACAUUUAAUUAUGUGUGUAAAACUGUCAGGGUUCCGUCCUUCCUGUUUCAGCUUUCAUGCAUUGUGGACGGGACAAUGACAGUACCAUGUCUUGUGUGUAUGUUUGUUUAUUUGAGGAGACACGUGGCGGGAUGUUUUGAUAAUUCGCCGCGUGUCCUCCUGUCCGUGUAGCUCCGCCCCUUGUUUCUUUCUUGUAGUUUUAUUCUUGUAUGUUUUAGGUUUGUUCCGGUUCAUGCUGUGGUUUAGCUGUGUGCACUGGAUUAUUUUCCCAGCAUUUUCGUGUGGGAUUGUUCGUGUAUUCUUCAAGUUAAUUUUAUCAACCUAAUUGUUAGAAUAUAAUUGUUGGUCUUUUCCUAUUGAUUGAAGAUUUAUUUACACCCAUAUGUUUAUAAAGUUAUGUUUAGAAUUUAAGAAUUUAAUAAAACUAAUCUGUUGUGA